AUGGGACGAGGAAAAUUGAGCAUGAAGCUAAUUGGUAAUGAAAAAUCUCGAAAGACAACUUUUUAUAAGCGGAAAGCAAGUUUGUUGCGAAAAGCUUAUGAACUCUCUACACUAUGCGAUGUUCGUGUUUGUGUUUUUGUCUAUGGCCCUAACCAAAACGACCAAUCUCCUUUCCAAGUUCACACGUGGCCACCUUGUCGGGAAGACGUCAACAACUUGAUUGCUUCUUACAAGACUAAUUGUCUCCACAAACGUGCUCACAAAGCAUGUGGUCUCCUUGACUUCUUCUCCGAGAGGAAGAAGAAGAUUGAAACCGACAUGUCCAAACUUCGCAAAGAUGUUGCCAAAGCCAGGUUCCCAAAGUGGGAUGAACGUCUAGACCAUCUAUUAGAAGAUCAACUACGAGUUUUAAUGGUGGAAUUGGAUUCGAAGCUCGAGAUGACGAAAAGAAUGAUCGAGAUGGUGACAGAGAAUCAUAUCGAUGAGGGGACGCUAGAGGAGAGUAGCCAAACUCUAAAUACAAACAUGAAGCAGAAACAAGUAAUGUCAUUUGAUCACGAGGAAAGCUAUGGGAUGUUUGGGAGGCCAUCAAUGCAACAAACACGAACCAUAAUGCCAUUCCAUCACCAAUAUCAUCAACUUCAAACAGUGGCACAAAGUCUUCAAAUAGAUUGUGAGCUUAAGAAUUUGCCUCAAUUCCCAUUUGGGGAAAACGAGUCAUCAACCCAAAUUCCCUUAAGUUAUGAGAAUAAUAAUUAUCUCCAAAACCACCCUAAUUUUUACCAUGAUUCAACAAAUGGGAUAGUUAUGAACAAUACACAAAGUUACUCAAUGUGCCGCUAUGGACUUCCUCUACCGACACAAUCCGUUCUCCCAGUAUCACACAUGCAAAUGCAAUUCACAGAUGAUCAACUGAUGAUGGCUUGUGCUUCAAAUCCUCAAAUGGCUUUGCCUAAUAAUGCUUCUACUCAAGUUAAUGACCAGUUUGAUUACUUCAAUUAUGAGUAUUUUAUCAAGCCUAACAACUUCUAA